AUGGUAUGGAAAGGUUUGGCACUUUAUACAAAUAGUGAGAGUCCUAUAGUAGUGGUUUUGAGUGGAAGUAUGGAACCAGCUUUUUAUCGUGGUGAUCUUUUAUUCUUAGCAAUGCCCGAUGAACCAGUACGAGUUGGUGAUAUAUGUGUUUUCAAGAUCCCUGGUAGAGAUGUACCGAUUGUUCACCGAGUCAUAAAAUUACAUGAUGAAAGAAAAACUGGGACACAAUACAUUCUCACAAAAGGUGACAAUAACCAGGUAGAUGAUCGAGGUUUAUAUAAUCCAGGACAGCAAUGGAUUCAUCAAGAGGAUAUUGUCGGAAAAGUUAAAGGUUUCUUACCGUAUGUCGGAAUGAUAACAAUAAUUAUGAAUGAUUAUCCUCAACUGAAAUAUGCCCUGAUCGGUUUUCUGGGGUUAUAUAUGUUGAUAAAUAGAGAAUGA